AUGUUAGAAGCUAAAUUCCAAGAAGCAUCUCUUUUUAAAAGAAUUAUCGACGGUUUCAAAGACUGUGUCCAACUAGUAAACUUCCAAUGUAAAGAAGAUGGUAUCAUCGCUCAAGCUGUCGAUGACUCCCGUGUCCUAUUAGUGUCCCUGGAGAUCGGUGUAGAGGCUUUCCAAGAUUACAGAUGUGAUCAUCCUGUCACUUUAGGUAUGGAUUUAUCAUCAUUGAGUAAGAUCUUGCGUUGUGGUAACAAUACUGAUACCCUUACUUUAAUCGCAGAUGACACCCCAGAUGCUAUUAUUUUGUUGUUUGAAGAUACAAAGAAGGAUAGAAUCUCUGAAUAUUCUUUGAAGUUGAUGGAUAUUGACGCUGAUUUCUUGAAGAUUGAAGAUUUGCAAUACGAUACUACUUUAAUGAUGCCAUCUGCAGAAUUCUCAAAGACAGUCAGAGAUUUAUCACAAUUGAGUGAUUCUUUGAAUAUCUUGGUUACAAAGGAAACUAUUAAAUUCGUAGCCACUGGUGAUGUGGGAUCUGGGUCUGUGAUAUUGAAACCAUUCAUCAAUAUGGAAAAUCCAGAUGAAUCAAUCAAGUUAGAUAUGGACCAACCGGUAGACUUAACCUUUGGGUCCAAAUAUUUACAAGAUAUCGUUAAGGGGUCUGCUCUUUCAAACAAAAUAGGGAUUAGAUUGUCUAGUGAGGCUCCAGCUUUAUUCCAAUUCGAUUUGUCAAGUGGGUUCUUACAAUUCUUCUUGGCUCCAAAAUUCGAUGAUGAAGAAGCUUAA